AAAGUUCCAUAAAGUGUACCGAUGUAAAUAAACAAAACGUUUUUCAUGUAUUUCACAGUGUAUUUUAGUUGAAACGCUUAGAAAUUCCGUUGGUUUUUCAUUUCGUUCGCAAGUGACACUUACAUGCGACUUGAAUAAUGGAGCAGAAAAACAAAGAACUGGAAAAAUUCAGAGCUAAUUGGAUUCAAGAGUUACAUUCUAUUCCAUCAAAUCUGUCACUGUCAAAACAAGACAGUUGUUCUUCGAAUGACAGUAACUUCGACAGUAAUAAAGAUACUGAAGGAAUCUCAAUCUCUGACUGUAACAUACCAGAAAAGAGUUUAAAACGAUCAAGCUCUCCAACUUGCUCAAACCAGAAAAAUGACUUAGAAAAAGGGGAGGAAUUUUUAGUUGACAGUAAUGUUGUCGAAAAAGACAAUAUUGAUACUACAGGAGGAUAUUAUCCAUUUGUGCUCCUAGGAGAAAUGUUAAAAAGUGGAUCUCAAGAAUACUCACCCCCUAAAAAGCGUAGAAGCUCAAGUGGGCCCAAAAAUGUACUGUCACCCCCAAUUAUCAAAAAGAAUUAUUUUGACACAGAGCUAUGUGAAAGCUUUUCAAUGGAAAAUGACACUUCAGACUGUUCAGACAGGGGUGAAAUAAAACUCAAACACAAUCAGAAUAAGCAGCAAAAACAAGAAAACAAAGAACGGUUUCUCGAUAUAUUUGUGAAAGACUUGGAUGAAAUAAAUGAAAUUCCAUUUUUUGAUACGAGUUUAGCAAGAGAGGUGGCUAUAAAAAUAUUCCAUCAUCUGAGUAUUAAAGAUCUGUGUAGCUGUUCACAGGUGAGUAAAAGUUGGAGAAGUUUAGCUGAUGAUGAGCUACUCUGGUGUAGAAUCUGUCAUAGGUUAGGUUAUGAAGGGGAGAUAACCGCUGUAGAAAAAUAUGGUUGGAAAGGAAUUCUUAGAAAUUAUGUGGAAAGAAAGAAGACCUUAAUUUCAAAUUGGAAGGGUAGAAUAGGUAAAUAUCAUCAACUACAACAUAUACAGGGUGGAAUUCUAUCUGCUGUUCACUCACAUCAAGAAUUAGUCGUAGCUGGACCAACUAGACAUAGGGUAUUAAUUUUGAAAUGUAUUAUGAAUACCAGGUAUACGAACUGUGAUAUAAAAGUAUGGAAUAUGAAUGAAGAUGAUAAUGUAAUAUUAAAGUCUAGUAAUACAGCGUUGAUUAUAGAUGAAAGUGUAGAGAUUGGUACAGUCAGUAAUCAGGUUAAACAAGUACAAACAUCUCAUCAAUAUACAGCAGCUAGUUAUACUCAUGGUUUUGUUGAUAUAUGGUGUAAUGAUAAAGGGACUGAACCAGUGUUUACAUUAAACAGUGGUAAUGUUAAAGAUAUAAGGCUAUCCUCUAUCAACCCUGAUUUGGCUGUAUCUACUGAUAAUACUGUAUAUAUUCUACGAUCUCCAGAUCAGAAUUCAGAUUUUACCAUACACAACCAACUACACAUUAAUAAUGUCGGAAAACUAAGAUGGUUAGAACCAGCGUCCACCAAUCAUCCUGUAGAUUCCAAGUUAAUUCUAGCUAAUGUAAAUAAAGUCCACUUAUAUAACGCUGAAUGCCGUGAAGUCACUGAGCUCUAUAACACUAUAGAUACUAUCAUACGCUGUGUAGAGGGUCAUCCCGAAUUAUUGGCUAUUGGUGUCCAUUUUCUUUCACCCAUAGCAGAACAUAAGAUCAAACUGUAUGAUUUAAAUAAGAAUGAAAUCAAAUCAACAUUACAUGGUCAUACAUGGAAUAUAUCAUGUUUGUAUCUGCCUGUAGAGGAAUCACAAUUACUGAUCAGUGGUAGUGAUGAUAGAAAGGUGAGAGUGUAUGAUUUAAGAAGUGGUACUAGACCAAUCAAGACUAUAAUUGGACAUACUGGUAGUAUUAGUACUGUACAAUUAGAUGACUGGAAAAUAGUGUCUAGUGAUAAUGCAGGGUUUGUUACUGUAAGAGACCAAAGAAUGGACAGGAAAAUAUGGGAACUUCAUAACAGACAUCCAGUAGAAUAUUGUAAAUUUUAUGAUAAAUAUUUAACAGUUGGUAACAUACCAUAUAAUAAAACACCAGAAAUAGAUACAGAGUUUGAAACAGCUACACAUAGAAAAUACCGAGGAACAGUUCAAGUUUAUGAUUUUCUGUCUGACCAACUACGAGAUGACCUACCAGAUAUAUGUCAAUCAACCUAUGAUGCUGUACCAGGCUAUAAUUUUAAUAUUAGACUCACUACACCUUAUGAUAACUUAUGAUAUUAAACUGUUUUUACUUCUU